AUGAGCGUUCUCAAACACAAAUUAAAGGUAGCAUUGAUCCAGUUUGCUGGUGGCACACCGGACAAGACAGCUAACUUGAAAAGAGCUGGCACAUUCGUUGCACGGGCCAUGAAAGAGCAACCCGGCACAGAGCUGGUUGUUCUGCCAGAAUGUUUCAAUUCUGUGUAUGCGGUUGAUCAAUUCCGAAGGAAUGCAGAGGUAAUUAAAGACGACUCGCCCUCCGUGCGGUUCUUGAGCGAUCUAGCGCGCGAGCACAAGAUCACAUUGGUAGGAGGAUCGAUCCCCGAAUUGGAGCCCUCAACUGAUUGCGUGUUCAACACAUGUCUGGUGUUCGACAGCGCUGGAAACAUCAUUGCUCGCCAUCGUAAGAUGCAUCUUUUUGAUGUGGACAUCCCCAAUGGUAUAACGUUCCGCGAGAGCGACACUUUGACGGGAGGUUCUGAGACAACCACGGUUGGUGCACCCUUUGGGUCCUUCGGUGUUGGAAUUUGCUACGAUAUCCGGUUCCCUGAAUUAGCGAUGAUCAGUGCGAGACGGGGCGCUUUUGCAAUGGUUUAUCCAAGCGCGUUCAACACUAUCACAGGGCCCUUGCAUUGGCACAUGCUUGCCAAGGCGCGCAGCAUUGAUAACGAAAUUUAUACGAUCCUGUGUUCGCCUGCAAGAGUUCCUGGCAGUGGGUACCAAGCGUAUGGCCACUCGCUGGUAGUGGACCCACAGGGCACGGUGAUCGCAGAGGCCGGAGAAGGCGAGGAAAUCGUGUACGCGGAAUUGGACCCCGACGCGAUCGCCAAGGUCAGGCGCGGGAUUCCCGUGACCACGCAGCGCCGGUUCGAUGUGUACAAGGACGUCAGUUUAGAUGCGAAAUAG